AUGAAAAGAAACAAUCAGAGCAGUGUGUCUGAGUUCGUUCUCCUGGGACUCCCUAUCCAGAAGGAGGAGGAAGGCAUUUACUAUGCCCUUUUCCUGGUCCUGUACCUGACCACAGUGCUGGGGAACCUGCUCAUCAUCCUGCUCAUCAGGCUGGACUCCCACCUCCACACCCCCAUGUACUUCUUCCUCAGCCACUUGGCUCUCACUGACAUCUCUUUCUCAUCAGUCACAGCUCCAAAGAUGCUCAUUAAUAUGCUGAAUCAUAGUCAAUCCAUUUCUUAUGCUGGGUGCAUUUCUCAGGAAUAUUUUUUCUUAUUAUUUGGUGGUAUUGACAGCUUCCUUCUCACUGCAAUGGCCUUUGACAGGUAUGUGGCCAUCUGUCAUCCCCUCCACUACAACAUCAUCAUGAGUCAGAACCUCUGCUUCCUGCUAGUAAUUGUGUCCUGGGUCUUCUCCUCUGCCAGUGCUCUUGUACACACUCUCCUCCUAACAAGGAGCAUGAAAAGAAACAAUCAGAGCAGUGUGUCUGAGUUCGUUCUCCUGGGACUCCCUAUCCAGAAGGAGGAGGAAGGCAUUUACUAUGCCCUUUUCCUGGUCCUGUACCUGACCACAGUGCUGGGGAACCUGCUCAUCAUCCUGCUCAUCAGGCUGGACUCCCGCCUCCACAUCCCCAUGUACUUCUUCCUCAGCCACUUGGCUCUCACUGACAUCUCUUUCUCAUCAGUCACAGCUCCAAAGAUGCUCAUGAAUAUGCUGACUCAUAGUCAAUCCAUCUCUUACGCUGGGUGCAUUUCACAGGAAUUCCUUUUCUUAUUAUUUGGUGGUGUUGACAGCUUUCUUCUCACUGCAAUGUCCUUUGACAGGUAUGUGGCCAUCUGUCAUCCCCUUCACUACAACAUCAUCAUGAGUCAGAACCUCUGUGUUCUACUAGUAAUUGUGUCCUGGGUCUUGUCCUCUGCCAAUGCUCUUGUGCACACUCUCCUCCUAGCCCAACUCUCUUUCUGUGGAGACAACACUCUCCACCACUUCUACUGUGAGCUCGCUGCCUUACUUAAGCUGUCCAGUUCAGACACCACCACCAAUUACCUGGUUAUUCUCAUUGUAGGAACAAUGGCUGUUACUUUGCCAUUCAUGUGCAUUCUGGUGUCUUAUGGCUACAUUGGGGCCACCAUCCUUAGAGCUCCCUCCAUUAAGCAAAUCUGCAAAACCUUGUCCACAUGUGGUUCCCAUCUCUCUGUAGUUACUCUCUACUAUGGAGCAAUUAUUGGUCUCUAUUUUGUCCCCUCAUCCAAUAACACUAGUGACAAGGAUGUCAUUGUGGCUGCUGUGUACAGUCUGGUCACACCCAUGCUGAAUCCCUUUAUCUACAGUCUGAGGAAUCGGGAUAUGAAAAGUGCUCUGGGAAAUAUGCUUAGUAGAGGAAAAUUUUCAGUGUGA